AUGUGGGUCAGUCCCGAAGAUGUUUUACUGGCUGGCGCGUUAUGGAUCACCGAGCGAGCUAAUCCAUAUUUCAUCCUCCAAAAACGGAAGGGCCACGGGGAUGGAGGCGGGGGACUGGCGGGUUUGCUGGUCGGGACCCUGGAUGUCGUCUUGGACUCCAGUGCUCGGAUGGCCCCAUAUAGGAUCCUGUACCAGACUCCAGACUCUUUAGUUUACUGGAUCAUUGCUCAUGGAACCUCCCGUAAAGAGAUCACAGAGCACUGGGAGUGGCUGGAACACAACCUGCUGCAGACUCUCUCCAUCUUUGAGAAUGAGAAUGACAUUACCACCUUUGUCAAAGGAAAAGUCCAGGGCAUUAUUGCGGAGUUCAACAAGAACCACGACGUCAAAGAGGACGACGACACGGAUAAGUUCAAGGAGGCCAGCGCCAAGUUUCGUAAACUGUUUGGGAUGCCGGAGGAGGAGAAGCUGGUUAACUAUUAUUCCUGCAGCUACUGGAAGGGCAAGGUGCCACGCCAGGGAUGGCUCUACCUCAGCAUCAACCACCUCUGCUUCUACUCCUACUUACUAGGAAAAGAAGCCAAACUGGUGGUGCGCUGGGCAGAUAUCACCCAGCUGGAGAAGAGCGCCACCCUCCUGCUGCCCGACGCAAUCAAGGUGAGCACCCGCAUCAACGAGCACGUCUUCUCCGUCUUCCUCAACAUCAACGAGACCUUUAAGCUGGCGGAGCAGCUUGCCAACAUCGCCAUGCGUCAGCUGCUGGACAACAAAGGCUUCGAGCAGGACCGCUCGCUGCCCAAGCUCAAGAAGAAGUCGCCCAAGAAGGUGUCGGCACUCAAGAGGGAUUUGGAUGCGAGAGCUAAGAGCGAGCGUUACCGGGCACUGUUCCGUCUGCCCAAGGAUGAAAAAUUGGACGGACACACAGACUGCACCCUGUGGACCCCCUUUAACAAGAUGCACAUUCUGGGACAGAUGUUUGUUUCCACCAACUACAUCUGCUUCACCAGCAAGGAAGAGAUGCUGUGCAGCCUCAUUAUCCCACUGCGAGAGGUGACAAUCGUGGAAAAGGCAGACAGCUCCAAUGUGUUGCCAAGCCCGCUCUCCAUCAGCACCAAGAAUCGUAUGACAUUCCUGUUUGCUAAUCUGAAGGACCGCGACUUCCUGGUCCAGAGGAUUUCUGACUUCCUGCAGCAGACCACCUCUAAGAUAUACCUGGAGAGGGAGCUGACCGGCAGCCUAAACAGCUCAGACGACGAGGUUUACUCCCAGCAUGGCUCUCUGCUGUCCAGCAGCCCACAGAACAGUCUGAGCUCAGAAGGAGAGCGUACAUUCAACCUGAACGACAGCAGCGUUCCCACGGCAACGCAAGCUCUCAUGACCAUGUAUCGCCGCCGCUCUCCUGAGGAGUUCAAUCCAAAGCUAGCGAAAGAGUUCCUGAAGGAGCAGGCAUGGAAGAACCACUUAACAGAGUAUGGACAGGGAGUGUGUAUGUACCGCACUGAGAUGACAAAGCAGCUGGUCCUCAAGGGGAUUCCUGAGAGCAUGCGAGGAGACCUCUGGCUGCUCUUCUCUGGGGCGAUCAACGAGAUGGCCACCCACCCCGGAUACUAUGAAGACCUGGUGGAGAAGUCGAUGGGCAAAUACAACCUGGCAACAGAGGAGAUAGAGCGAGACCUUCACCGCUCUCUCCCCGAGCACCCGGCCUUUCAGAACGAGAUGGGCAUCGCUGCCCUCCGCAGGGUCCUCACAGCUUACGCAUUCAGAAACCCCAACAUUGGAUACUGUCAGGCUAUGAACAUUGUGACAUCUGUGUUGCUGCUCUACGCCAAAGAAGAGGAGGCUUUUUGGCUGCUUGUGGCGCUCUGUGAGAGGAUGCUGCCCGACUACUACAACACUAGGGUUGUAGGAGCCCUAGUGGAUCAGGGGGUGUUCGAGGAGCUCGCCCGUGAGUACGUUCCUCAGCUGUACGACUGCAUGCAGGACCUCGGCGUCAUCUCCACUAUCUCGCUCUCCUGGUUCCUCACCCUCUUCCUGUCCGUCAUGCCGUUCGAGAGCGCAGUUGUGGUGGUGGACUGCUUCUUCUACGACGGCAUCAAGGUCAUCUUUCAGCUGGCACUCUCCGUGCUGCACGCCAACAUCCACCAGCUGCUGGGCUGCAAGGAUGACGGAGAGGCCAUGACGGUACUGGGCAGAUACUUGGAUAGUGUCACCAACAAGGACAGCACCCUCCCUCCCAUCCCCCACCUGCACUCAUUACUGACAGACAAUGGAGAACCACAUCCAGAUGUCGACAUCUUUAAACUGGUCCGCAGCUCCUACGAGAAAUUCGGUUCAAUCCGUGCAGAUGUAAUUGAACAGAUGCGUUUCAAACAGAGACUGAGGGUCAUCCAAACCAUUGAAGAUACAACUAAACGCAACGUGGUAAGGACUAUUGUAACAGAGACUGCCUUCAGCAUUGAUGAGCUGGAGGAGCUCUAUGUGCUCUUCAAGGCGGAGCACCUGACCAGCUGUUACUGGGGCGGCAGCAGCAACCCCACCGAGCGUCACGACCCCAGCCUGCCCUACCUGGAGCAGUACCGCAUGGACGUGGAGCAGUUCAAAGGCCUGUUCAACCUGCUGUUCCCCUGGGCCAACGGUUCCCACUCAGACCCCCUGGCUUUGCGCUUCUUCCGUCUCCUCGACCACAAUGGAGAUGCCCUCAUCAAUUUUCGGGAGUUCAUCAAUGGCCUCGGUGUCCUGUGUCACGGAGACCUCACUGAGAAGCUGAAGCUCCUCUAUAAGAUGCAUGUCAUACCUGAAAUCAUUCAUGAACCAGAAGAGCCUGACUCUGCCUUUGAGGCCACACAGUACUUCUUUGAAGACAUCACUCCAGAAACGUCCAUCGGUCACAACUCAAAGUGCAGAAGUGAGCGGGAUGAUGGCUUUGUCAGAGUUACAUUUAAGACUGAAAAAGUGAAGAAACUGAACACUCCUGAAUAUCGCCAUUACUUGAAACUGUGGAACCAGGAGACAAGACCUAAACUAGAAAACACAAAAGACCUCCCCAAGCUGAAUCAGAGCCAGUUUAUCGAGCUUUGCAAGUCCCUCUACAGCAUGUUCAGUGAGGAUGUUGCAGAACAGGAGCUCUAUCACGCCACGGCCACAGUCACCAGUCUGCUGCUCGAAAUGGGAGAGGUGGGAAAGCUCUUCUCCUCCUGUAGCCGGAAGGACCACAACAUGGAGGGUACAUCGGAGCGAAGCAUGCGCACGAAAGAUGCCACAGACCCCAAACCCAGCCAGGAAGCCGUGCUCGACAGUCCCGGUGACUGCUUUGCCCCUGCAGGUCUGGAGAGCAAGCCGAGCCCCUGUGAGGAGGGGAAGGGGGACGGAGGGAGCGAGCAGCUGCCACCUAUGCAAGACAUCAAGCUGGAGGACUCCUCGCCCAAAGACACGGGCACAUCAUCCGCCAUGCUCAUCUCGGAUGAUGAAACCAAAGAUGACACUUCAAUGUCAUCUUACUCGGUGCUCAGCGCGGGCUCCCAUGAGCUGGAGGAGAAGCUGCAGUGCGAGGACAUAGCAGACGACACAGUGCUGGUGUGCAGCGACAACAGCCCCAGUGGUGAGAGAAUCAACCGGCCUCAUGAAGGCGGAGGAACCCUUGACAGAGGGCUGCCUCACAGCACGAGCAUUGAUAAAGACUGGGCCAUCACGUUUGAGCAGUUCCUGGCCUCUGUGCUCACCGAGCAGGCCCUGGUGCAAUAUUUCGAGAAGCCAGUGGAGGUGGCAGCUCGAAUAACUAACGCCAAGAAUGUCCGUAAAGUCGGGCGCCCACUUCUGUCGACAAGUGACUAUGAGAUCUCGCUAUCCGGCUGAGAUUUUUAACAGACUUUUUAAAAGGGAAACAUGGUUAUCAGUUGUCGUGUUCAAAAAUGUCUCUGUUACUUUUAGAGGACAAUGAAGGUCAGUGAAUGUGUAUGAUAAUGAUAGAGUAAUGAAUGUGACCAAAAACUGCUGUUAGCAAUGUAUUUUACCAGAUGUGGAAGACUUUUAUUAAAAACAAUCACUAGAUUCUGUCCAGCUAAGAGGGAAAAGGACAUUAAUAUUAAGGUUUGCUCAGAUGAACUCAGUGUGUACAUGUCGUAGCUGUACUUUAUAAGACAUUAUGCAUAGAUGUUAAUAUUUAAUCUCUAGCACUCUUAGGCUAUGUAGAUGUAAAUGUCCACAGAAACAGUACAGUUAUAAACUGGGGUAUUGAUAGUCUACGUAUGAUCAUCUAACAUUAUAUCAGUCCAAAUUAUCGCUUCCUUACUUUAUGAUUCCAUUCGCUGUCAAUAACGAAACAUUUUUACGCUCCCUUCGAAUGACAAUGUGGACAAAAACAAAACAAAGCUGUGAAAAUUCGAUGAAGUGAAUUUUCAUAUAAUGUGUAUACUUUUCCCUGCUCCACAUGGGUUUAAAGCAAUGCGCCACUUUGGCUACUGAGUCUUUUACACACACACACACACACACACACACACACACACACACACACACACACACACACACACACACACACACACACACACACACACACACACACACACACACACACACACACACACACACACACACACACACCUACCUACAGAAUGACGUUAUGAACAUCACUCUUCAAAAUAAUAUACCAAAUAAUUGCCUGGUGUCCAGUUAUUUAUUGGUAAUACAAUUUAUUUUGGACUCAACUGAUGGUUAAAAAGUAAAUGUUUCCUAAAGAAUUAUUACACUAAAAUAAUGGUGAAAUAAAACUCUGCACUUUCUUUGUUUACAACAUAAUGUGAUCCACUAAGAUGUUAUGGCCUUUUUUCUUUUUAAAUGUUUUAACCUAAGUUGCUGUUUGAAACUUGUUUUUAUGUGACUUUUAUUUCAAAUGUCCAGGUAUUUUUACCCUGGAUUCCACUGCAUUGUGUAUCACUCCAUCUGAUUAAAAUUACAGUAUGAUUGAUUCAAUGCUGCACAGUAGCCUCAAGCCUUUUUUAUUUACUUAAUCAGACUGACC